CAGAUCCUGAGUAUUACUUGCGAUAAUGCGUCCAACAAUGACACGAUGAUUCGCGAACUGAGUGAUAAAGUGCUGGAGUUUGGCGGAGCAGUGACACACACGAGGUGCUUCCUCCACACGGUAAACCUGGUAGCAAAAUCAUUGAUCCGCAAGUUCGAU